GUUCGUCCCGUACUAUUUCUUUCUUAAGCUUGAGAGUAGCAAUGGGGUAUCUGCUGAAAGAAGCUCUGAAGACGCUAUGCGGCGUUAAUCAGUGGGCUUACGCUGUCUUUUGGAAGAUCGGCUGCCAAAAUCCCAAGCUGUUAAUUUGGGAAGAAUGUUACUAUGAGCCCUUAGUAUGCCCCGUUCCUCCAGAAAAUUCUGGAAUCCGGAAUAGUGAAACGGCCUUGGCAGAAUGGGAACGAUGUUUGGUGACUCCUGAAGUUCAGGCGGGGGGAAGGAUUCAAUUAUUGAUUGAUCAAAUGAUGGUCAAGAAUCAGAUUAAUAUCUUGGGUGAAGGAAUAAUUGGUCGAGCUGCAUUCACGGGGAAUCACCAAUGGAUUCUGUCAAAAAGUUUCAAUGGAGAUGCCCAUCCUCCAGAGGUGUUAAAUGAGAUGCAUAACCAGUUUUCUGCUGGUAUACAGACAGUUGCAGUCAUUCCUAUAUCAUCCCAUGGAGUUGUGCAGCUCGGUUCUUCUUUAUCUAUAACAGAAAAUAUGGGAUUCGUGAACAAUGUGAGGAGUCUGAUCCUUCAACUUGGAUGCAUCCCAAGUGCUCUUUUGUCUGACAAUUAUGCUACAAAAGUCGCAGCACCUGUUUCCCUUGGAAUGCCUUGUAACAUUCCAUCAGAGAAUUGUAAACUCACUGGCCCCACAAUCUCAGGCCAAGCAAGCCUGUCAUCUGCUUUGGUGGGUAAUGUGCAUAAUACCGCGAGGUCCCGGACUGCUCCAGUGUUUCAAAACUCUAAUCAGCCCAAUACUUGCCAGCCAAAGUUUGGUUCAGUCAUAAAGACGAUCCGACCUUUCCAAGACCAGUCAGGGAGCAGUUUUCUCACAAUUGAUGAGAUCCCCCAUAAUUCUGAUAUGUGGACCAGCGGUUUAGUUUCAACGGAGAAGCAGUCAAUUGCAGAUGUUAUCAAUCAGAACUUUCUCAGCAAUGCCAGGCCCAAACUGAAAAGCAGUGAAGCUGUGAACUGCGAUUUGCUUCAAGUUUCUGAUGCCAUGCUGAAUGGUCCUUCAAGGUUAAAUUCACCAGCAAACUUCUCUCCAUUAAAUGCAAUCAACCCUGAUGACAAAGAUAUGCAUGAUUCAUCAAAAUUGGAGGGGGUUUCCCUGUUCAACAUGAAGAAUCGCGUGCUCUCUAGAAGCUCCUAUCAUCAUUCUGAAGUAGAAUGUCCCAAAAAUGAAGAUGAGCAUGUUUCGAUCGGGGGGCCCCCUUCGCAGUGGUUCCAACAUUUUGAGAAGCAAGAUGCUGGAAGUCAGGGUACAGUUACAAAUGCAAAGUAUGAAGAACCAUCUUUCGAACAACAUUCCUCAGGAGAUGACUUGUUUGAUAUUUUGGGGGUAGAACUUAAGAAUAAGAUACUGGGCAGUAGUUCCCAUAGAUUAGGAGAAACAGGCAAGGAAAUUCCGAUUCCAAUGAAUAUGCAAGAAGAUAGUUCUGACUUUUAUGCAAUGCCAGAGAGCUUGUAUGAGGAUAGUAGGAUCUUCUCAGGAUUGAGCAGUGAUGAUCAUCUUUUAGAUGCCGUGGUGUCAAGGGCCCAGUCUGUUUCAAAGCAGUGCUCAGAUGACAAUCUUUCUUGUAAGACAACAUUGACUAAGAUAAGCAGUUCCUCUGUUCCUACUAAUUCGCCCACCUUUCGAGGGAUCAAUACGUCUUUUGAGCAUAUUGAGAGGGAGAUGUUCGGGUUUCCGAAGCCAUUGGAGAAAGUAAAAACUCCUGUUUCUCCUUCUUUUAAGUCAGGGUGUAGUAAGGAAGGGCCUUGUUCGCAAGCUACUUCGCUCUACGGGUCUCAGAUUAGUUCAUGGGUCGAACAGAGUCACUCUGUGAAGGUUGAGAACAGUGUCUCGACUGGUUACUCCAAGAGGCCCGAUGGGGUUACUAAACCAAAUAGGAAGAGGUUAAAACCGGGAGAAAACCCCAGACCAAGGCCAAAGGAUCGGCAAAUGAUACAGGACCGUGUGAAAGAGCUCCGAGAAAUUGUGCCUAAUGGGGCUAAAUGUAGCAUAGAUGCUCUGUUGGAAAGAACCAUCAAGCAUAUGCUUUUCCUUCAAAGCGUCACAAAGCAUGCGGACAAGCUUAAAGAGUCAGGAGAAUCCAAAAUCAUCAAUGAGGAAGGUGGACUGCUGUUAAAGGACAACUUUGAGGGAGGAGCAACAUGGGCAUUUGAAGUCGGGUCCCAGUCGAUGGUCUGCCCUAUCAUAGUUGAGGAUCUCAAUCCUCCUCGCCAAAUGCUAGUGGAGAUGCUUUGUGAAGAUCGAGGUUUAUUUCUCGAAAUAGCUGACAUGAUCCGAGGGCUAGGAUUGACCAUCCUGAAGGGUGUGAUGGAAGCCCGCAAUCACAAGAUCUGGGCCCGAUUCGCUGUGGAGGCUAACAGAGAUGUUACAAGGAUGGAGAUAUUUAUGUCGCUUGUUCGUCUUCUGGACCAGACUGCAAAGGGCAGCGAGACCAACUCAAUGGGCCCUCUCCACCCUUUCCCGCAGCCUGUCUCUAUCCCCACCACCUGUGGACCCCAGUAGCUUGUUGUGCACCCAACCGACCGAACCCGCUAAGUCUUGGGACAUGUUGAGAGCGAGCAGGAGCCCUGUGUUUUCGCUUGCCGUGACCAACAUGGACCGACUCUUGAGCUCAAUCCCGCGCCCUUCGAACUUCGAUUGAUGUUUGGUCUCCCGCAGUAGUUUAGAUGUGAGAGACUUUGCCUUUAGAGGGUGUGUGCUUUUUCACUUUACUUCCCUUCAACCAUUCAGAACAUUUUCUGUCAAUUGUAAAUCCUUUUGGUGUGGGCGAAUUUGUGUUGUGUUCGGGUUGUGGAUGCCAAGUUGUGUCAAUGGUAUUGUAGGGUUGAAUUCGUCGCGUGCUGCCAUCAGUGAAUGCUUUUAUUCCCGUCCUAAAA